AUAUUGUCUCUAAUGACUCACCAAGCACCAUCCAUCAAAAACCAAAGUUUUCUCAACAUGCCAAAACCAACAAUCUCAUUUGUUCUUCUUCCUCUUAUAUCAAUCCUAAUAUCCACAUCAACACAAAUCUCACAUGCUCAAAACUCACCACAAGACUACCUCAAGAUUCACAACAAAGCACGUUCCGAAGUUGGUGUUGGCCCAAUAUAUUGGGCAUCAACCGUUGCUUCCUAUGCACAAAACUAUGCAAACCAAUUAAAGGGAAAUUGCAAAAUGGUACAUUCAAAAGGUCCAUAUGGUGAAAAUUUAGCAUGGAGUAGUGGUGACCUUACAGCAACAUCAGCUGUUACCAUGUGGGUUGGAGAAAAGCAAUACUAUGAUUACAACACUAACACAUGUUCUAAUGGUUAUAAAUGUGGACAUUAUACUCAAGUUGUUUGGCGCGAUUCGAUUAGGCUUGGAUGCGCUAAAGUCAAAUGUAACGACGGUCGAAGCACUAUUAUUAGUUGUAAUUAUGAUCCUCCUGGUAAUUAUAUUGGGCAGAGGCCUUUUGAUUUUACUCCUUUUGAAGUGCCAUUGAGUUUCAAACAUGGUGGUUUUUAUGAUAAUUAAAGGUUAUUAAGGUAAGUAAUUAGUGUGGUUGAAUGUGAAAUUAAAAAUAAAUGUUUUGAGUGAUGAUUCUGUAUAUGUUUGUAUAUAUGCAGAUAGUCAUAUUUUAUAAUAUGUUUUUAGUUUUGAGAUUAAUGGAUUCUCAAACAUGUGUGCAAGCUUGUUUAAUUUUUACAAAUUAAUUAUAGAACGCAUAUGAAGCAAACCGAACCAAAUAACUAUAAUGAAAUUACAUAAA